AGCACACCCAUCCACCAUCCAUCCACGCUAGAAGCAGCGGCGAACAAGUGCACCCCUAGCUGCGAGCACAAGGAGCAGGCAGCAAUGGCGAGGCGUCGCCUCCUUGCCGUGCUUAUGCUCCUCGUCGUGGUAGUGGCAGCCUCCACUUUCCACCAAGCGGCCGCCGCUGGCCGAGGCCUUGCUGCCGUCGAGAAGUUUGCGGACCUGGAGCCAAAGCCAAAACCUAAACCAGAGCCAAUGCCCAAACAAAUGCCCAAGCCAGAACCCAAGCCGAUGCCUAAACCUGAACCGAAGCCAGAGCCCAAGCCCAAGCCAAUGCCCAAACCUGAACCAAAGCCAGAGCCCAAGCAUAAACCAAUGCCUAAGCCAGAGCCCAAGCCGGAACCUAUGCCUAAGCCGGAGCCCAAGCCUAAACCUGACCCGAAACCAGAGCCACCACCGAAGCACAAGCCGCCAACAGCUUACAAUUGAUGGGAUGCUAUAUAUGAAAACUGAAGGAUCGAGGAGAUCAUGGCCGGAGCCACAAUCACGAUAUUUCUAGAAUAAGUGGUGUAGUAACAAUGUCAUUCUAUCCGGCUAGCUCCAUAGUGAUGCAUCUUUCUGUAUUCUAUGUAUUUCGUUACAUUUACAAAGUUUCUGUUCCAUGCACCCAUGAUGAGUAUUACUACUUUGUAAUUGUUAAUUUGCUUGUUGGUGUACGUUCAGUUUUGUACGUGACUCGUUGUUCUAUUUGUGUAUCUAUAUGCAUGAUUCUAUUCAUUCGCAUGAAUGAGUUAUUUUGUCCA